AUGUACAGUCGAAAUAACAGCAGAAAGGACUUUCGGCCUGCAAAUCCUCGAUUUGUCUCAGGAGGUCAAAACCAAAGACACAAUUUUCGUCCACGAACACCGGGACAGUACACCCCAAGAAGUAACCAACCAAGGUUUCAAAACUCAAACACUAUCAGGUCAAAUUUUUCAAAUAAUGAACACGGGCAAAAUCAGCGCUCAUUUGAAGAAAGAGUUGAUAAUCGCAAUGUUUUAAAUAGUAGACCACAAGUGCCAUCCUCAUUUCCAAUAUACAACCAAGAGCAAAUACAAGGCAGCCAACAAGACCAAUCACAACAUUCUAGCUGGCAAAACACCUCUAUGAGAGAUCCAAAUCUCAAUCGGGCUGGCAUGACCUCUGAUUCGAGAAUGACACCUCAAACAUCAAUACAUGGCUAUCAACAGGCUCCAUCUUUCAACAUGUCGAUGAAUGAUAAAAAAACGUUCAACAUGUCGAUGAAUGAUCAGAAACCUUUCAACAUGUCGAUGAAUGAUCAGAAGCAUGAAAUUCUUGACAGUAAAGGCAGUGGAAGCUUUUUUGCAAAAGUUGCACAAGAAGAAAUACAGUCAAAAUCAACUUUCAAUUCACAGAAUAUGCAAAUUCCAGGUCUUGAUGUUAUUCCUGAUCAGGAUGAAAGCAGCACACUCUUGCACAGGUCAAGCAUAAUAUCACCUCAACAAAAUUCUGAACUGCUGGGUUCUAUGAGUUUCACACAAACUGAAAAACCAUUUGACAAUAGACAACAAGAUCAUACAAAUCCUCAAAUUCACCAAUUUUCAAAACCGUUGGAGUAUCAAGGGCUAAGUCAUGUUCCUGAAUCAGUUCAACCUGUUCAAAUGAUGAUCCCAAAUUGUCCACCUCCUCCCAAUUCAUUUUUGCAAAAUGAUAUGCAAUUCAGAAAUAAUCAGCAGCUUGGAAUGCCACCACCAAUGAACAGAUUUCCUAAUCCAUUUCCACCACCUAAUUUUCAACCUGAACGCUUCUCAGGUUCAAAUAAUUUUCCUUCCAAUUCUAAUCUUCCUCCAGUAAUGCCAGUUAUGAAUCAGCAAAUUCAGCAGAACCUCCGGCAGCCAUAUCAACCUAAAGAAGAAUUAAUUCAGACAGAACAUGCAACUGUAAUGCCAGGGAAAGAAAAAGAUACAGAGUGGAUAAAAUCAUGGCUUGAUAGAAAAGGAAUAAAAUCUGAUAAUUUGAAGGUUGUGAAAAAAGAAUGUGUUAAAACACCAGUUAAUGUAUAUGAUGUCCAAGAAAAAACAAAAAGAAUGAUGUUCCUGAUGGCAUCCCUUCAAAAACAGAUCAAGAUUUUAAAAUCAUGUGAUCAACAUCAGAUUGAGGAUGAAAUGAGAACAACUAAUAAAUUAAAGGAUGAAAUGGAUGCCAUACGGAAAUAUUUGUCCACAGUAGAUGUUUUGGAUUUAAGAAUGAAAGUUAAGAAGAGGACACAAAAAAGGGAGAGGAUUAAAAAACAAAGAGAAGAGAAAUAUUUAUCCAGGCAGAGAGAAUUAGAACAGAGAGAACAAUUACACAAGGAAAUAGAUGGGAGGUUAAAGAAAGUCCAUGAUAAAUAUGGAAACAAAAGACAGCAAAAAGAGUUGAAGGAGAUUGCAGACAAAGUUCUGGGUGAAAUCAGAAAGAAAACACAAGAUAUUACAAGAGCCACAGACUUAAUGAAAAAUCUGACAAAACUCAGAAAAUUGAGGAAAGAUAGAUUAUUACAACAAGGAGUAAACACAAAACCUGAGAGUGAUGCAGAUUUUGAGGAUAAAAUUCAAGAUUGUCUGGCUGUUGUGAAAACACAAAAGAAAGUUUACACUGCUGAAAAUAAAGCACUACAGGUGAUGUUGGAUAUAGAACAGGAAGAAAACAAGGAGAAAGAAAGAGAGAAAUUACAACAGAUUUUACGUAGUCUUGAAAUAAAAAGACAAAAGAAAGAUGAUCAAUUAUUAUUUGGUGAAUCAGAGCCAGUAGAUAUGAGUGAUCCAAUGUUUAUGUUUAGCCAGUAUUAUGACCAAGCUCAAGUAUCAGUUGAUUCCUUACUCCAAAUCAGAUGUGAUUGGGACAGAUUCAGUGUACCUGAAGGAACACCAGGGGGUAAUAGAAUUCCUGAUGGCUUUAUCCUUCCAGAGAAACCUUCCAGCCAUAUAUGGACAUCAGCACUAAAAGAUUAAAUAUAAAACACAGCUUUAUCAAUUAAAAUCAUUAUUAAAUGCA